AGAAUAGUGCUCAACAGGACCUCAAAGCACUAAAAUUAAAGGACAUCUUUUUACAGAACAAGAGGAAUUUAUGGACAUCGGGCAUCGCCGCGUCUCCACUUCCAAACGUCAUCACGCUAGAAGCUAGAUCACUCAACCGACCGCCUACUUCGUUUGUAUGUCGCAACCUAGACUUUUGUUUUCGUCCAGCAGCGCCGCAGCUCUUUCCUGUUACAUACACCAUACCGACGCCAUGAGUCUCAUAUCCGCUCUGGUUGCCGUUGGCACGACCGUGAUCUGCGAGCACAGCAUCACCUCGGAGACGUUCCGGAGUUCGGCCCAGAUUACCAUACUCAGCAAAAUCCCACCCAAUGACUCUCGCCUCACCUAUGUAUGGCAGGACAAGCUGAUUCACUAUGUCUCCUCUGACAAGGUGGUAUAUCUAGUGGUCGCAGACGAUACGGUAGGGAGGCGGACCCCUUUCGCUUUCUUACAAGCGUUGGAGGAGAAAGUUCGGAGCAACCCUUCCUUCGUGGAUAUCCUCGAUCAUCCCCAUCAACAUGGUCUUCAGUCGGAGCUGGAACCGGAGUUGCAGAGUCUGAUGCAAAAGUACUCUUCUGAUGCCGUUAAAGACCCACUCAAGCAGGCCAAGACGGACAUGAACAACGUCAAAGACAUCAUGGUGCAGAACAUCGAUAGCAUUCUAGCUCGCGGAGAGAGAAUAGAAGUGCUUGUCGACAAGACAGACUCCAUGGCGCAUCAGGCUCAUGCCUUCAGGAGGGGUGCUCGUGGGGUAAGGCGGCAGAUGUGGUGGAAGAACACAAGGAUCAUGGCUUUGUCUGUGGUUGUCUGCGUGCUACUCCUGUACUUGUUGUUAGCUCAGUUUUGCGGAUUAGCCCUUGGGUCAUGCAGGUGAUUCGCAUACACAACUGCAUCGGUUGUAGCAGCUGUCCGAGCUUUGGAAAGAUC